AAUGAACCUCGGGAGUUCCAUUUGGGGGUUUUUGGUGCCACAGGAUUCGUAGGAAAAUGCCGCGUUCUAAUAACUACAGUCGGGCCGUACAUGCUAUACGGGGAACCCGUAGCCAGGGCUUGCGUGGAGGCGAGGACGCACUAUUGCGACCUUACAGCAGAGAUGCCCUUUGUGGCGCUGUUGCAUUCUCGGCAUGGCCAAGCGGCGAAGGAGCGAGGGGUGAAGCUCGUCUCUUUCUGCGGCUUUGAUAGCGUUCCGAGCGACAUGUGCGUUUUCAUGAUCCAGAAGAAGGCGAAGGAACUCGUACGCCGACCUUGUUCUCAGGUGAAGAUGGCGGUGAGAAGUAUGCGGGGAGGCGUCUCCGGCGCCACUGUGGCCUCCGGCCUGAAUCUUAUGGGGCAUCGGUCCAUGGGAGAUCCGUUCUACUUAUCUCUGAAUGCAAUUGAUACGCCGCCGCUGAAUGCGAAGGGAUUUCCUCUGCAGCCAAGAGUAUGCGCGCUACACCGAGACCCCGACUUUGGCUACUCCACCUUUUUCGUGAUGUCACGCGUGAACGAAAACGUCGUGAGGUGGAGCAAUGCCCUACAGGACUAUGCAUACGGUCGCGAUUUUGUGUACUACGAGAUGCUCGCCUGCUAUUUCAACUUCUUCACCGCCAUCCUCACCAUGUUUGCAACGUAUGCAGCGUUGCUGGCGGUAGGCUGCCCGCUCACGCGUUACUUGGGGAGAUAUCUAGGCCUCGUACCGGACCCCGGGGAGGGGCCUACUAUGCAGACAAUGAACAGUGGCUAUUUCAGUGUAGAGGCAGUCGGUAGGGUGGAGGGCAUUACCCUCAGAGCGACAGUCGGCAGCAAACAUGGAGACCCCGGAUAUAAAGAAACUGCGAAAAUGGUGGUCGAGUGCGCCUUGGCCCUUGCGUUAGAGUUGCCCUCCUGCUCGCGGCUCACGGGAACUGUCUCUCCUGCUGCUGGCAUCGGGGAGCCCCUUAUUAAAAGGCUCAGAGACAGCGGCAUGCAGUGCGAAGUCACCGUCGAUAACGACGGUGCUGAAACCAUCAGAUCCGCCACCAAGAAGCUGUAG